AUGGCGGUUGCUGAUAUCCAAGAAACCAUUAAAAAAGCCCCACUAGAGCUUCCUUCCAUCGACUGGGCAGCCUUCCAGGUGACCACCACCCGGGCCCUCGGCGCGCUCGAUCAGGCACUGGCAGCGCCCCAAGCGUUGAACAACCGAUUGGGUCAAUUGGACCCCAACACUGACAACCUUGAAUCAGUACUGCAAGAGCUGCACGAUGUCACUGCUGGUUUUGAGCUGCAGCCAGCUCUUCUUGAGCUUCAAACCGUGCUGGCAGCAUGCCCAUCUCCACCCACCGCACUGACAAUGGCACCCACAAAGCCGCCCGCCAACCUUGGUGCAGCCCUGGAUAAACUCGCUAUGCUACACAACGCGGAACCCAAGCGCCAAGAACUGUUCACCGACGCUGACAGCCACCUCCAGCAGCUGGAGCUGAAGCUGAUCACUGCCCUGCGUGCUGUGGCAAGAGCGGGAACCAUCAACACGGACCAUCGUGUCGACACACUGGAACAGUGUGCGAAAGGCUUGGAUGUGAGUGCAUCACCUCCAACCGAGGCAUUGACCGAGGCCUGGGAGCAGCUGUGCCAAGCCCACGAAAAGCUGAGCUUGCCCGAGCAAAACGGCCUGGAGCAGCUGAUAGCCUGGAUGGUAGAUCAUGACUAUGCGCAUCAAGACUGGUACCUGGCCUUUGCGCUUCACGAGGCGCAAACUCUGGUGCAGCAGUUGCAAGACAUGGUCGACUGGCAGGCCACGACGCUGUCCGUGCUAACUUCGUGCCAAAGCUAUGCCGAAGAAAUCACGCAGAGCCGCACAGAUCAGGUCGCAUCCAUCCACGAGGACGUGGCCGAGCUGCAGAAGAACAUCCAGACAACCACGGCAUUCUUGCCUGUGGCUUCAGAUGAGAUGCAAGCUGGCCUUGAGGAUCGAUUGCAAAACAUGAAGGAGCGUCUGGCCAUUUUACAGCAACAACUAUCAGAUCAAACACAGGUAGACCAGGGGGCGGCACUGGCAGAGCUGCUACACCAACACUUCCCAGCUCUGCUGGUCUUUUUGCACCCUGAGCAGAGCUCGCUGGGAGCGCGCCUCCGCACCGUGCUCGGCCCCGACCUUCCAACCAGUCUGAUCUUGGAGGCCAUGUGUCAAGUAGACCAGGGUUUGACGCUCUCCAGCCUUGGUCAGCUUGAGCUUCAUUGCAAUCAACAUCACACGGUGUACAAAGCCCGCGCAGCACUGCUGAAUCUCCCUGAGCAGGAUUUGGCUGUAAAGGAGUAUGCACUUGCUGAGCAACACAAGCAGGAUCAGUGUCGUAUGUUUCUGAGGGAGCUUCGUGCCUUGCGUCAGCUUGAGCAUCCAAACAUCAUCCCGGUCCUCGGUGCGGUCGUGGACGUACACAGUGGCAACCCGAGUGCCUACUUGGUACAGCCAUGGUGUACACAGGGGGAUCUGCAGCAGUGGCUUGGCAAGGCGCGCCACCUGGCCACCUCGGCUGUCAUUGCAGGUUUGAUGACUCAGCUGCGCACCGCCCUGGCGUUUAUGCAUAGCAAGGGCCUGGUACACCGAGAUGUCAAGCUGAGCAAUGUCAUGUUAGACGGCGAGGAGGACCAGCCCGUCGUGCGGCUGGGUGAUUUUGACAUUGCCAAGGCCGCCGCUGAAGCCACCAUGCUACCAUGCACGGCCACUGCGUCGUCGGGCCCGGCAGGCUAUGUGGCGCCCGAGGUGCAGUUUGGGCGCGGUCGAGUGAGGGCGCGUCCGGCACAGGAUGCCUUUUCCUUUGGCUGCGUGCUGUACAACACUUACAUGUACCCACAAACGGUGCCACCGGCUCGGUCUCCAAGUGAUGAGGUCGUGGAUCAUUGCAGAUGGUUUUUGCAAGCGGGGGAUGACGGCUGCAGCUUUCCGCAUCUAGCGAUCGAGAUGUGCGACGUGAUGAGCCAUUUGUACAGGGAAACGCGGGCCUUGCUUAAAACCGAUCCAAAGAAACGGCCAAGUCUUUUCAGCGCCGGGCAGAGUGUGCAGCGACCUGUCACGACCCAAGUUGUUUGCCCAGCCAUCGAAGUUUUGCGCGACGCACCCGAGCUCGUCCCAGAGGUGGCCGAGCUGCUACAGCAGCUGAGUGCCGACGGGCAAGGACCAAGUAACGUUACAGUGCAGCUUGUGGAGCGUGUGGAGAACCCCGUGCUGUGGGAACGCUACAGCGCUAAGCGACAGGAGAUGCUGCACCGCCUCGAAAGUCACUGCCUCACGAGUCAGCAUCACUUCGAAGAGCUUCGAACGGCCACCUCGGAUGCGCUUUCGGGCUGUCCAGCUUUGCUUCGCAAUACACCCUGUCAAGAGCGCCUGCUGCUUUACGGCAUUGCGCCUGAGCAAUCGCUGCGAGACAAGAUUGUGCGCCUGGGCCUCGGCUAUUGCUUUGCCGGCAGCCGCGUUGGCCACGAGUAUGGUCUUGGCGUUUACUUGGCCGACCAUCCUGGCAAGAGCCAUUCCUAUGUGAAGCCUGGACCCAACGGCGAGGGCAUGCUCAUCAUCACACGAGCCCUGUUGGGCCAUGCCCAUGUCCAUGAUUCGCCUCGUUCUGGGGCACUGGCACCCCCGCUGCUACCCUAUGUACGCGACGACAAGCGAUUUGAUUCUGUCAUUGCGACACCGCGAGGAAGGUUUCAUGAGGUGAUAAUGUUUGACAAUGCACAGAUGUACCCCGAACUAGUCGUCUACUACACUGCCUAG